ACAGGAUGUUCCGGCAUACGCUAGAGCAGCACGAGCCUAUGUGCGAAUGGGACCCGCUGAGGUACGCGCACGAGGAGCCGACGCCUUCCUGCCUGCUUCGGCUCAAACGGGACAUCGCGGACUUCGAAGCCCAGCCGCCCACGGGUCUGUACAUCUCACCCGAGGAAGACGACAUCACCAAAGUCCACGCGCUUGUCGUGGGUCCGUCGGGCACGCCAUACGAGGGAGGCUUCUUCCAGUUCUUCCUGAAGUUCCCGCCGGAGUACCCCAUCAGCCCGCCGCGCGUUCGCAUAGUGACCACGGACGCUGGCCGAGUGCGCUUCAACCCGACCCUCUACGCCAACGGUAAGGUGUGCCUCAGCAUCCUCGGUACCUGUGAAGGACCACCGUGGAGCCAGGCGCAGGGCAUCGAGAGCGUGCUCAUCUCGAUCCGGUCGCUGAUGAACGAAAAGCCGUACAACAAUGAGCCCGGGUUCGAGAACGCGCAGUCGCCCGUCGUCGAGCGCUACAACGACUUCAUCCAGCACGAAACCAUCAGGGUCGCCGUGUGUGGACAAGUCGAAGCUGCUCUCCAGGACAGCGCCGAGUGCCCCGUGGCCUUCAGGGCGCACAUCUUGAAGUCUUUCGCUGAGGCAUACGGCAAGUACGAAGACAUAGUCAAGGCCCGGCUUCACCUCACAGGUUCGCAGAUGAAGGGCAUGUCGGGAGAAGGCUCAGUGUGUCAGUACAAGCAGCUGCUGUCGCGACUGCAGGGCCUGAAGGAGCAGGUGGAACAAAAAAUGGACGCCAUCGCUACCAACACUACCGCUGCAGUCACCGAUACAUCUUACGCAGGGCAGCAGAACAAAACUUCUGACAUGCCUUUGUGUUAGUGGCCUCAUUGCGAA